UCUUUAUUGCAAUAGAUAAUACACAUUUUCACAAGCCAUUGCACAAAAUGAAUUACUCUCUUUCUGUUUCUCCUGCUCAAAUAUAGGGUCAAAACAGCGGACAUUAUUGUUAGAUACAAUUCCUAUCAGCUUCACUGUCUUUCUCUCUCUCAGAAAUGUCUAACAUGUUUUGGAAGAACUUCAACCUUUGUUUCGCAGGACUCAAAUGCCUGCCUACCGUUGACCCAUCUCCUCCAGCGGCUUCAAAACAAGAUCAAAAUCAUUCAUCAUCCACUACUAGUCCCACUGCAACUUCUCUUCUUUUCAAAAACUUUAACUCUCUCUAUGAUUUGUCUUCAUCGGAGCUUUCAACUUCAAAAUCUCUCGGCCCUUCAACAGAUGACUACUUCUCUUGCUCCAGUUCCUCGGAUUCUGAUUCUGAAGAAACCUCAGCGCCGGAUUUCGCCACCAUUUUCGCCUCUCAACGCUUGUUUGUCUCGUCUCCAGGGCGAUCCAACUCUAUUUUCGAGUCACCAGACAGCAGCAGACCUGAGUGUCAAGAAGCGCCACUCAAAGGAGGCGGGGUUGCUGUGAAGAAAUACUCCCCGGAUCCUUACAGAGAUUUUCGGUCUUCAAUGCAAGAAAUGAUUGAAGCCAGAAACCUAAAAGACGUCAGAAGUAACUGGGAUUACUUGCACGAGUUGCUCCUUUGUUAUCUUACAUUAAAUCCAAAGCACACCCACAAGUUCAUCAUCAGCGCUUUCGCUGACAUUCUCAUUUCCCUUUUGUCAUCCUCAGAUUCGAAACUUGGGUGCCAACAUGUCGAGGAUGAAAGGAAACAUAUUCACGAGCCUAGUUAGUUUUGGGGACUGUACAUUAAUGCCAAAAAAGAGCUAUGCAUAUUGCAUGUGGAGCUGUUUUUGCACGUUAUUGUCGCUAUUAUUAUGAACUUUACUUAGUUACUUAUAGUGAUCCUACAAGCUAUGUAUAAUCUUAGAGAAAGUUUGCAUAUGAAGCACGUAUUUACAAAGAA